GCACCCACCUGUGCCACUCUGCAGUGCCACCUACCUGUGCCCAGAAGUGCCACCUACAUGUGCCCAGCAGUGCCACCCACCUGUGCCCACCCACCUGUGCCCACCAGUACCACCCACCUGUGCCCACCCACCAGUGCUGCCCACCAGUGCCACCCACCAGUGCAGCCCAGCAGUGCUGCCAGUCAGUGCCACCAGUCAGUGCCCAGGGGUUGUGCCAGUCAGUGCCGCCAGUCAGUCUGCCAAGCAGUGAUGCCAGUCAGUGCCGUCUAUCAGUACCCAUCAUCAGUGUCACCUAUCAGUGCCGCCUAUCAGUGCUGCCUAUCCGUGCCACCUCAUUAGUACUGCCUAUCAGUGCCCUUUAG